CCUCGCGGGCAUGCCACACACACGCGCGCGCGCGCGCUUUUGGAGGGUCGCGGUCGAAAGGAAGGUGCAUGACUCGAGAUGGAGAGGGAAAUGCAGCUGGAGCCAGGUGUGAUCCAGGCCGAGUGGCACCGAUGUUGGGUCUGAGACAGGCCUCCUAGAUUUGCGCCGCCGGCGGGGCAAGCAGGCAGGAGGGAGCUAGACCUUGCGCUCGGUGGCGCAAUGGACUCCUGUACGACUGCGGGCGCCCCCUGGCGGCGAGCGGGAAGGGCGCAGGAUCCCCCAAACAAUGCCUAGGCCGGCGGGAGUGCGCCAGGCGCAUGCUGCUCGUCCGAAUACAAAAGCGAGUGACUCAAACCCGGCGGGUUGGAUUUGGGCUUCUUGAGCUCCCACUCAGGGGAUCUGCAAGCGGGAUGUGACCCCAUGGGAGUGCUUUGGAGCCACGAGCAGUGGAUACCAGAGAGCCCUGAAUUCCACUCCAGGGUCCAAGUCCGGUAUUUCAGCGUUCAGGCUCUGCGUAGCUGUUUGAUUUAACCUGUUUGUGUUUAUGUGGCUCACUUUCAAACUAGUUUGUAUCUGGGAAGAAGGACUUUUAAGUCUCUGGCUGCUUCAGUUAGACAAGGGAAGGCCUAGAGCCAGUUGAAUGGAAGCUGCCCCGAUCUUCCUUCAGCAGAGCAAGAAAAAUGGAAGCUGGACCUUUAGAAACUCAGAUGGUGCGCUCGCUCCGGAUGUUUGCUUGUGUUGUCUAUUACCAGGAGUGGGUAGAAAACAGCAUUAUGUCGGCAUUCCAUCACCUCUUAACCUCUUAAAAACUGCGGGGGCCACAAAAUGUGCUACCCACUGAGCCCCCAAUGCAUCAUCCCAGGAGGAUGGAAAUGUAAAUCGGGCGACAGGGAUCAGAGCCUGCGGAUGGCUCUAAGUGUCCAGGAAGCUAUAACAAUGUACCCACCUUACAUAUGAAAGAGGAUCGCUUUCCGGGGGCGGGGGUCACUGCCCAGGACCUACAAGGUCCCAUAGAAGAGGAAGAUGACUAAGACUAGGAGUAGGUUUGGGGAAAGGAGCCCCCUCCAUUCCCUGCACGCGUGCAAGCCCACACAUCCUCUCAGCCCUCCUUUACACACGUUCCCUAGCCGGGCACCUUACUAUUCGUGGUUAGCCUCCACCCUCUUAGCGUUUACAGUCCAUCAGCACUAAGUUCCCUAUUCACACCGAGCAGAGGAUGGUUUCUUGGUUCACUUCUCAUAUCUGGUGACCAGGAUGGUGUCCCUGAUUAUUAUAGGACGAAUGAGCCAACUGUACCGAGGACACGCUCUUGUGAACCUCUAGGCAGGAGUCUCUGCCCGGUUCCUUCCCAACCUGUUCAAGCCUCCUGCCCCUAGUACUCAUAAGUCCCAAUUAUUGUUUUGGUGGCCUAUCCUGAGGCAAUCCUGAGCCCUUAUGUAUUAGAGCCUGUUCUGCCUUCAAGUGUGGACGUCCCUGCAGAAGGCAAAGUCUCUUCUCCAAAAAAGGAGAAAUGGCGGGCAAACUCUUGUGAGUCUGACAAAUCCUCUGCAGUGACAGAAUCCUAUAGACACCCUAGCAAAACAGCAACUCGAUGCAUCAUUGCUACUACGUUUUCUAAUUCACAAUGCGUCGAAAGGCAGUGAAAAGGCACUGCACGAGCCAGCCGGCUCAGCUUCGGCUGGAGUUGAAGCCAAGUUCUCCCGGACAGCCUCGAGCAGGUAGUCCCGGGCAAAAACCCUGGGGCACAAAGAGCCCCGAACUGCCGGCUCCUGGUUGCCCGAGGACACAGUGCUGAUAAGUAAGGGCUAGGGCGCACCAAUAAGGAUGCAGGCCACGCGGGGCGUGAAACACGUUCCAGCCCAGACCCAGCCGCGAGGCGGCUAGCCUUGCUCCACGCGUGCUCUCAACUUUUCGCCGCCUCAGCCUCACUCUCUGCUCUCGCGCAGUGGGACGCAGGGGCCUCGCUAGUCCACUGGCAAGGGGGUUGCCAGAGCGCGCGCGCAGCGGCUGCUGCAUCGGGGUGGGGUCGCAGCCCGAAUUUCCUGCCAGCUAGAGCGUGAGGGGCAUUCUCAACGCAAAACCAGCUCCAGAAAGUAGUGACCUGCCUCCUCAGAUUACUCCGGGCUGGCUCCUCCCUUGCUCCCCCCCUUCCACCUCCAGAUUUGCAUAAAAAAGGCCAAGAAAACUCUGGCUGGGCCCCAGCCGCCGCUCACUCUGCUCCCCCGGGUCGAGCCCCCCGGAGCUGCGCGCCGGCUUGCAGCGCCUUGCCCACGCCGACUUCCCCGCGCCAGGCUUCGCGCUCUCGUGUCGCCGGCCUUGCAGAGCCCACGAGCAGAGCGAGCGGGUCCGGGACGAGCUCGGGCUCCGGCUGCCUCGCGCUUCUCCGACUCGGCUGCCUCCGCCCCCCCGGGGGUCGCUAGUCCACGAUGCCGCGGGGCCCUGGCUCGCUGCUGCUGCUAGUCCUCGCCUCGCACUGCUGCCUGGGCUCGGCGCGUGGGCUCUUCCUCUUCGGCCAGCCCGAUUUCUCCUACAAGCGCAGCAACUGCAAGCCCAUCCCGGCCAACCUGCAGCUCUGCCACGGCAUCGAGUACCAGAACAUGCGGCUGCCCAACCUGCUGGGCCACGAGACCAUGAAGGAGGUGCUGGAGCAGGCGGGCGCCUGGAUUCCGCUAGUCAUGAAGCAGUGCCACCCGGACACCAAGAAGUUCCUGUGCUCGCUCUUCGCCCCUGUCUGUCUCGACGACCUAGACGAGACUAUCCAGCCGUGCCACUCGCUCUGCGUGCAGGUGAAGGAUCGCUGCGCCCCGGUCAUGUCCGCCUUCGGCUUCCCCUGGCCCGACAUGCUGGAAUGCGACCGUUUCCCGCAGGACAACGACCUCUGCAUCCCCCUCGCUAGCAGCGACCACCUCCUGCCGGCGACAGAGGAAGCUCCGAAGGUGUGCGAAGCCUGCAAAACUAAAAACGACGACGACAACGACAUAAUGGAAACUCUCUGUAAAAAUGAUUUUGCACUGAAAAUCAAAGUGAAGGAGAUAACCUACAUCAACAGAGACACCAAAAUCAUCCUGGAGACGAAGAGCAAGACCAUUUACAAGCUGAACGGUGUGUCUGAAAGAGACCUGAAGAAAUCGGUGCUGUGGCUCAAAGACAGCCUGCAGUGCACCUGUGAGGAGAUGAACGACAUCAACGCGCCCUAUCUGGUCAUGGGACAGAAACAGGGCGGGGAGCUGGUGAUCACCUCAGUGAAGCGGUGGCAGAAGGGCCAGAGAGAAUUCAAACGCAUCUCCCGCAGCAUCCGCAAGCUGCAGUGCUAAUUUGCUAGUGGGGUGGUUUCUGACUAGCCAGACCCAGGGCUCCAGGGACCACUUCCGCUCUGCGAACUCACUUCCGGUUUCCCAAGCACAACCCCGAAAGCUCCAACUCCAACUUACCCUGCCUCUUGCAUGUGUGUGCCCCCAACAUUCCCUGAGUUAUAAGGCCCUAGGCGGCCUCGGGAAUGGAUAGCUGUCUUCACAUAAAGCGAAAGCCCGUCCAGAUCUUGUAGAAAUAUCCGAACUAAUAAAAUCGUGACUAUUUUUAUGAAGUUUUAAAACAGCUCAUUUUAAGGUUAGUUUUGAAUAGGUGGUACUGCGACCUGAGAGGCAUGUUCCCUCUUUGGUCAGUCCGUUGGUUUAUACUGUGCACUCAGAUUGCCCCGUCAGGCAAAUGUUUGAUUUUUCUCCGUGGGUCUACACUUGUGGGUCUCAGACUUGGUUGAGAUAAAGCUGGCUGUUAUCUCAACCUCUUCCUCAGCUCCAACCUCGGCGGCGUCUAAGUCUCAAAACCCUUCAUUGCUCAUUUUACACCCUCCUUAACUUCGACUGUUGCAUGCAUCCCAUCAGUUUAUAAGAGUACAAUUAACCAUUCCUCAUUGCAUGAUGCCUUCAAAUAAAGGCGAAGUAAAUACAGUUUAUAAAUUGACUUGAGUAUUUUAAACUUUGUUUGAAACAUUUUUUUACUCUUAUUUUUUUUUCCAUUUUUGCAAAUUAAAUCAUUGUAGCUUACCUGUAAUAUACGUAGUCGUUUACCCGGAAAAGUUGUAAAAAUAUUGCUUUAACCAACACUGUAAAUAUUUCAGAUAAACAUUAUAUUCUUUGUAUAUAAACUUUGCACCCUGUUACACCUA